UCUCAGUUGUUCUCAGAAUUUGUUCUUUGGUUUAAUUUGGGUUUUCCUCUUUCAUACUCAUACUUCAGAUCCCCUUUUUGUUGAAUUUGAAUUGCAUUUUCCUAUUCAUGGCCCUUCAUCUCAGCAGUGCGUGGUUUGGUAGUUUUCUGGGUCACUCGAGAGUUCAGAGAGUAAAAUCAGUUGCUUCUAAGGGCUCUGCUACUCUCAAAACAGAGGAAGAGAAGAAGAUCAAGUUAGGUGGUUCUGACUUGAAGGUGACAAAGCUGGGAAUUGGAGCUUGGUCCUGGGGUGAUAUUACUUUCUGGAACAAUUUCAAAUGGACUGAUAAGGAUGAUAAAGCUGCCAGAGAUGCUUUCAAUGCUAGUGUUGAUGGAGGUCUAACCUUCUUUGAUACUGCUGAAAUUACGGUUCUAAUCUCAUGCUAGGAGCAGUAAAUUCAGAGGUUCUUUCUUG